AUGUCUUCUGUUUCAUGGUUGACAUCCCAUGAAUGUUCUGUCUCUAUCAUUCAAUCAUCGGAUGAUUCAAAUGCGUUUUCAGUUGUACUGCAUUGGUUGGAAUUCAUUUUUCUAUCACCGUGUCCUCAGAGGAUUCUUGUUUCAUCCAUUGAUCUUCUUUUUCUGUUAACCCUCUUAGCAUUAGUCAUUCAAAGGCUAUAUUCUAGAUUCUCCACCAAUGGAAAUUCGGGAUCCACCCUUAGCAAACCUCUUAUUGGAGCUGACACUCGGGAUUUUAGAGUCACUGUUUGGUUUAAGGUUUCUUUUAUAGUGACGGUUCUGUUAGCGUUAUCCUAUGUUGUUCUCUGCGUAUUGAGCUUCAUCCAUGGUGUUCAAUCUCAAUGGGAUUUAGUCGAAACUUUGUUCAAAUUGGUUCAAGCAAUGACUCAUAUUGGAAUUUUGAUCCUUCUUGCACAUGAGAAGAAAUUUCGAGCUGUUUCUCAUCCACUGCCCCUCCGAAUCUUUUGGAUCCUGAACUUUGUUGUGAUGUCUUUGAUCAGUGCUGCAGCACUCACUCGCUUAUUCUCUACUGAUGGUAACAAAAAUCAGGAAAUGAAAGUUGAUGAUGCAUAUUCUUUGGCGAGUCUCCCAUUAUAUGGCUUUUUGUUUAUUGUUGCUGUUAGAGGAUCAUCUGGGAUUAGAUUGAAUAUCGAAUGUGAAGUCGAUGAUAACUCUAUACGUGAUAUAGAUGAAUCCACGUUGGUUGAUUCUAAUGUGAGUGGCUAUGCUACGGCUUCUUUCUUCUCUCGAGCAAUUUGGUAUUGGAUGAAUCCACUCCUCAGUAAGGGCUACAAGUCUCCUUUAAAGAUGGAUGAAGUCCCUUCAUUAUCGCCUACUGAUCGAGCUGAAAAGAUGGCUGAACUCUUUGAAUUGAAUUGGCCUAAUCCCACUGAGAUUUCAAAGAAUCCCGUUAGAACCAUGCUUCUUCGAUGCUUCUGGAAGGAUCUUGCUCUUACGGGUUCUCUUGCCAUUGUGCGUUUGGCUGUUAUGUAUGUCGGUCCAGUGCUAAUCCAAAGUUUUAUCAGCUUUACUUCUGGCGAAAAACACAAAUUCUAUGAAGGAGUUUUUCUAAUAUUGAUACUCUUAAUUGCAAAGAUCAUAGAAGUCCUUAGUUCACACCAUUUCAACUUUCUGUCUCAGAAACUUGGAAUGCUCAUUCGUUCGACUCUUAUCACUGCUUUGUAUCAGAAGGGGCUCAAGUUGUCCUGCUCGUCUAGACAGGCUCACGGAGUAGGACAGAUUGUGAAUUAUAUGGCUGUUGAUUGCCAACAACUCGCUGAUUUAGUCUAUCAACUGCAUACAUUAUGGCUGAUGCCGUUUCAAGUUGGAGUCGCAUUAUUGCUAUUAUAUGUUUAUAUGGGAGUUUCAGUACUCGUGUCACUCGUGGCUGUUAUCGGAGUAAUGAUCCUUACUUUUAUGAUUACGCGCAAGAACAAUUCAUUCCAGUUCAAUAUAAUGAAGAAUCGGGACGUAAGAAUGAAAGAAACGACUGAAUUGCUUAAUAACAUGCGCGUGAUAAAGUUUCAAGCUUGGGAAGAACACUUCAAAAAGAAAAUUCAAUCUUCUCGAGGAAAGGAGUACAGCUGGCUCAGUAAAUUUAUGUAUUUACUCGCUGGAAAUCUAAUUUUGCUAUGGAGCAUCCCGAGUUUAUUAGCUGCCUUGACUUUUGCAGUUGCUACCUUGAUGCGAGUACCCCUUGAUGCCGGGAGGUUGGAUGGAUAUUUGAUAAGUGGUGAAUUGGAAAAUAAAUCUGUGGAACGAGAAGAAGGUAGUGAAGGUAGAAUUUCUGUCGAGGUGACUGAUGGCAGUUUUUCAUGGGAUGAUGAAGGUGGUCAUCGAGUACUGGAAGAUGUAAAUUUUGAGAUCAGGAAAGGAGAGCUUGCUGCAAUAGUUGGAACCGUUGGAUCGGGAAAAUCCUCUUUAUUGGCUGCAGUUCUAGGUGAGCUUCGUAAAACCUCAGGAAAGGUCAGAGUCUGUGGGACGACUGCUUGUGUGGCACAAACAUCAUGGAUACAGAACGCAACUAUCCAAGAAAAUAUCUUGUUUGGUUCACCAAUGGACAGUGAAAGAUAUAACAGAGUAAUUCAAGUGUGCUCCUUAGAGAAAGAUUUGGAAAUUAUGGAACACGGAGAUCAGACAGAGAUUGGAGAACGGGGAAUCAACCUUAGUGGUGGUCAGAAGCAGCGGAUACAACUCGCUAGAGCUGUAUAUCAGGAUUGUGAUAUCUAUCUUCUUGAUGAUAUAUUUAGUGCCGUUGAUGCUCAAACCGGAUCAGAAAUAUUUAAGGAAUGCGUGAGAGGAGUUUUGAAGGAUAAGACAAUUUUACUUGUUACCCAUCAAGUCGACUUCCUGCACAAUGCUGAUCUUAUAUUGGUCCUACGAGAUGGGAAAAUUGUGCAAUCGGGGAAGUAUGAAGAGCUUCGUCAAUCUGGCCUGGAUUUUAGUGCUCUUGUAGCUGCUCAUGAGACGUCCAUGGAGCUUGUAGAAACUAGCACAAAUGUUUCCGUUGUUAAUCCCAAACACACACCCGAAUCACCCCACAAACCAUCACCAAAAUCACCCAAAAAUAUCUUGAGCCAAAGUGAAAAUGGUGAAAACAGGUCAUUGGACCAAUCAAACUCUGACAAGGAUAAUUCUAAGCUGAUCGAAGAUGAGGAGAGAGAAACUGGCCGUGUCAGUCUAGCCGUCUAUCGGCAGUAUUGCACCGAGGCAUAUGGAUGGUGGGGAGUAGCAGCUGCUAUACUUGCAUCUAUAUUAUGGCAGGGUUCACUUAUAACAAGUGAUUAUUGGCUGGCAUACGAGACUUCAGGAGACCGUAUUUUUAACCCUUCUCUAUUUAUUAACGUUUACUCAAUCCUAGCUCUCAUUGCGUGUGUGUUUGUGGCUAUCAGAUCAGUUCUAGUUUCCUUCUUAGGCCUCAAAACGGCUCAAAGUUUUUUUAAUCAAAUAUUAGACAGUAUACUUCAUGCUCCAAUGUCAUUCUUUGACACUACUCCAUCUGGAAGAGUUUUAAGUCGGGCAUCAGCUGAUCAAGCCAAUGUUGACUUUUUGAUUCCAUUAUUUAUGAGUGUGACACUUGUCAUGUACUUCUCGUUGCUUUCCAUAUUGGUCAUUACAUGUCAAUAUGCUUGGCCAACAAUAUUCAUCAUAAUUCCACUGAUUUGGCUUAACAUAUGGUACCAGGGAUACUAUAUUGCAUCCUCCCGUGAAUUAACACGACUUGAACAAAUCACUAAAGCCCCAGUCAUCCAUCACUUCUCUGAAACCAUUUCCGGUGUUAUGACAAUACGUUGCUUCAGAAAGCAGGAAAAAUUCUUUCAGGAAAAUGUUAACAGAGUGAAUGCCAAUCUGAGGAUGAAUUUCCACAACAAUGCAUCAAAUGAGUGGUUGGGUUUUCGUUUGGAGUUGUUUGGUUGUUUUGUCCUUUGCAUUGCCGCCGCUUUUUUGAUCUUGUUGCCAAGUACAAUCAUCCGACCAGCGUAUGUUGGACUGUCACUUUCUUAUGGCCUGCCACUUAAUUCGGUGCUGUAUUGGACCAUCUAUCUUAGCUCGUUUCUUGAGAACCGUAUGGUUUCAGUCGAGAGGAUAAAACAGUUCAUAAAUAUCCCGGCAGAAGCUGUGUGGAAGAAAGAAAAUACUCUUCCAUCUGCUGAUUGGCCUAAUCAUGGUGACAUUGAAAUAAAGGAAUUGCAGGUUAGGUAUCGGCCAAAUACUCCUUUGGUAUUGAAAGGAAUAUCUCUCAGCAUCCAUGGAGGGGAGAAAGUUGGUGUCGUUGGUCGAACUGGAAGUGGAAAGUCAACUCUGAUCCAAGUGUUCUUUAGGUCUCGAUUUGGAAUCAUCCCUCAGGAACCUGUCCUAUUCGAGGGGACUGUUAGAAGCAAUAUUGACCCCCUUGGGUUGUAUUCUGAUGAUGAAAUAUGGAAGAGUCUUGAACGUUGCCAGCUGAAAGAGGUCGUGUCAGCAAAACCUGAAAAGCUCGAUGCUUUAGUGGUUGACUCGGGAGAUAACUGGAGUGUGGGACAAAGACAGCUUCUAUGCUUGGGACGAGUCAUGCUGAAACGUAGUAGAAUUUUGUUUAUGGAUGAAGCAACAGCAUCCGUUGAUUCACAAACCGAUGUCAUCAUUCAAAAAAUCAUCCGUCAGGAAUUCUUAUCUUGCACGAUUAUUACUAUAGCUCACAGAAUACCAACUGUUAUAGACUGCGACAGGGUGUUGGUUAUAGAUGAUGGAUGGGCGAAGGAGUUUGGUAUCUCGGUUAACCCUUCGCAAAUGGGGGCUUUAACCAUCAAUCGGAAGCGAGGUGACGAUUAUUUCAAAUCCCCAGCUCCAACUUCUCCCUCAUUUGAUCGAUCGUACGCUCACGUUUCCAAAAAGCCCAAGCUUCCGAAUUCCAUGAAUCAAAUUACCGUUGAUUUUGAUAGGCCCCUUUCCGCAAAAUCUGUGAAUUCGAGGAUUUCUCAGUAUCCGGAUUCGAAACCGAGGUUUAUGAGGGAAGUUCAUGCCCCAGUUCGGAGUCAUAGAUUUGGGCUUUCGGCGAUUAAGAAUAAAAUUGUGUCUAGUUUAAGUCUUGAAGAAAGUUCAUCCGUUAGAAUGGGGAAUAUAUAUGGAACUCUUAAAUUUAGGUUGGAAAAGGCGAAAAUUAGUGCAAUGAAAACUUUCAGGUAUGUAGGAAAAGAGAAUGAGUCUGUUGAUAAAGAGAAAGAAAAAGAAGUGAUUGAGAUUGAUGACGAGAAGGAAAGUCAAGAUGAUAUGUCGGAAAAUUUGAGUGUUCAGGAGGUGGAGGUAGUGGAUUUUCCGAGGAUCAAUUUGAAGGAGGGGAAUGGUGUUUUGGGAAAUUCACGGGAAUUUAAGGGGAAAAUGGUGGAAAGGAAUUUACACUCGUUGGAUUCUUAUGUUGUCUCUGAUACAAGUGGUGUGAAUGUUAAGGUGGAUUCUACUGAAAAUAUGGACUUAAUGCUGCUGAACCAGAAACCAGAUCUGUCGGGGGUACCUGUUCACAGGAAGCUAUAUGAUUCCGCGAAGAAGAGGAAUGAUAAGCUGAAUAGUUUAAGUUUUGCCAUAGAGUUAGAGGAAAAGUCCUUUCAAAGGCUUCAAUUACUUCGGCCUCAGAAGAAAGUGGAAGACACUAAUAAGCAUGUGUCCAAAGAAUGUUUUAUGCCUAUUACUGUAGAGGAAGAGGCUGAGGUUGCUAGGGCUUUGUCUAAUUCCAAUAGGAGAAAGGUUUUGGUGAGUCAUAAGAAUUCUAAUAUUGAUAUUACUGGAGAAAUAUUGCAGUGUUUAAAACCUGGUGCAUGGUUGAAUGAUGAGGUCAUUAACUUGUAUCUAGAGUUAUUGAAAGAAAGGGAAAAAAGAGAGCCACAGAAGUUCUUGAAAUGCCAUUUCUUUAACACAUUCUUCUAUAAGAAGGUGACUGAUGUCGAGUAUGAAGUUAUAGAAGGCGAUGCAAGGAACGUCAUGUGUGAUGCUGUAAAAAAAUUUCAUGCAUCUGUUUUGGCUCUUGGUAGCCAUGGCUAUGGAACUUCUAAACGGUACGUAUAA